AUGUCAAAUCGCGGAGGUCAAGGCGGAAGCAGGGUCUUUCGCGGAAGAGGAAGGGGAGGCGGCCCUGGAGGCGGUAGUGGUGGUGCUGGUGGCGGCGGUGGUGUUGGUCGAGGUGGCCGUACACAUUCGGGUCCUUGGGGAAGACUCAAGCCCGUCGACUUGGACCCUCUCGACAGCAUCGGUCUCCCCUCCAAAGGCGACACCAGGCUUCUGGACUUCAAGACGCAGGAACGGUACUACACCAAGAUCGUCGAGCGCUACAUGACCUUCUGCUCAGACGCCGGUGAGCGCGACGAGCUCCUCCGCCGCUUCGCCUCUCUCGACCUCAAAGACUACCCCUCAGUGUCCGCCGCCUCGUCACCGCGCCUUGACGACCCCGCCAGCACAAAGGCCCUCUCCGACGUCAUGAUGGCGCUGCGCAAGCUCCGCGAGGGCAUCGUCGCCUCGAAGCGCACCGACGAGUUUGCCAUCCAGGCCUACCUGUUCAAUAUCCGCCUCUCGGUUCUCGUCAAGCACCCCGAGUCCUACCACCCCGCCAUCCUGCACGUCCUCCGCGCCAUCCACCCCGCCCGGAACUUGACGAGUGUCGAGCUACAGGAGGUCCUGGCCUACCUCGUCCUCGACGCCGCCUGUCGCCGCGGGGACCUGGCCGAGGCGUACACGAUCCGCCACCGGUACGGGCUACGCGAUGCCAAAGUCGACGCGCUGCUGGCGGCGCUGGCGCACGACAACUACAUCGCGUUCCGGAGGAUCAAGAGGAGCGUCGACGGCCACCGGGCGAAGCUGCUGGAGUUCGCCGAGGCCGAGAUGCGGACGCACGUGCUCAAGUGCUUCGGGAGGACCUAUCUCGCCGUCGACCGGGAGUGGUUGGAGAGGUGUGCCGGGGAGAGUUGGGAGGCGUUGACAAGAGACCGUGGCGUCGGCUGGGAGCUUGAUGGGAACAAGGUCGUCAUUCGGAAGGUUCGAGCCAAGUGA